AUCUUUGAAACUAACGAAACGCUAAAGAGAGACGUGUCUUUCUCCUAUAGUUAAAUAAUGCAAUUAGAUGAUUUCACUUCGUAUAUCUGAACCUGUACUUCGUUGAGGAAAGCGCAUGUCUGAAAUGGUGAAAGUCAGGUCGAUUUUAGCAUUAUUGACCGAAGUAUUGCUGGGGUGAAAACGUUUUGCUGCUAUAUACAUUUAAGAAUUAUAAAUUGAGCAUUUUACAAAUUCACGUUGGCAUAUAUCUUGCAUCGUUACAUCAGGUUAGCUUGAAUGUCGUUUCUUUCUUCUAUGUGUGCGGUUGGUUACAGAAAAGUUUCAAAACUGACAAAAGUUUUUAAUAUUAUAGACAGAAAAUGGCUAUUCAUUUCAUUGAUCAUAUCGUUUGGAUCGAUAUGGAGAUGACUGGACUUAAUAUUGAAAAAGAUCAUAUAUUAGAAAUUGCCUGUGUUGUGACAGAUGAAGCAUUAAAAAUCAUCAGUGAGGAAUUGAAUAUUGUAAUACAUCAACCAGACACAAUUUUAAACAAUAUGCACCAAUGGUGUAUGAAAAAUCAUAAAAUUAAUGGAUUAAUUAAUGAAUCCCGUUCAAGUAAGAUCUCGCUAAAAGAAGCUGAAACUACAGUUCUCAAUUUUUUAAAAAAAUAUGUACCUAAACGUAAAUGCCCAUUGGCUGGAAACACUGUCUAUAUGGAUCGUUUAUUUUUAUACAAAUAUAUGCCGUCAGUAAAUGAAUAUUUACACUAUAGGAUCAUUGAUGUUAGUUCACUUAAGGAACUUCACAGAAGAUGGAGUUCGAAUGUAUAUAUAACAGCACCAACUAAAAAGUUGAAACACAGAGCACUGGAUGAUAUAAAAGAAAGUAUCAGCGAAUUAGCUCAUUAUAAAAAAUAUACGUUUGAAGCAGAAUUGUAAAUCAGCUGCUAGAAGCUCCAAUUGUACAUAUAUAUAUAAUGAACACAAAAAGCUUUGAAAGAGCUUUGAAAUUACAGUACAUCAUUAAAUGCAUCACAUUUGGUGACAUUAUUGUAAAUGUGUAAAUAUGAACUUACAUCAUUGCAAUAUGAUAUAAAUCAGUUAUCAUGAAGCAUAAUAAAGGAAACAAAGAAAUACAUAAGAAUAUAUAUUGAA